AUCCAUGACUCAAAAAUCUGCCUGGCUGACACUUUUUAUGGUGCAUUUUCAGUGUUACCAGAUGGAAAAACCAUAACAAUUUCCUUGAAGUUGGAAUUCUGUUUGGUAAAACUAGAGUUUGCCAGCAGUCACGAGUUUUAUACCCAAUAUGGCUGACUCAUAUAUAUGUUAUAAGCCUUUACUUCUGACAGUUUGCAUCUUAUUAACCCAAUCGCACACAUACUGUUAAAUAUCUAUUCGUGAACAUUUUCUUUUUGUGUUUGAAAACUUCUAACAGAGAGUAAUACAUUGUGAUUGGGCUUGUAUUGUUCAUGGCAAACAGUUAAUCUCAUUAUUUUCUGCUGGUAGAGAGUACUAAACUCGUUUGAGUUUAGUACUCAAAACGGCUUCAAAACAGAUCAAAUGUAGCAUGACUCAUUCACUCUACAAAUGAGUCAUGCAUGCUACAUUUAUGAGCAAGUGGCAAGAAGGAAGGCAUUUUAUGCCAGACUAACGCUAAACAAACAAACAAAACAAAACAAAAAAAAAAUUCAAAAGGCUUUUAUUUUACAAAACUUAAAACAGGAAGUUGUUUAAACUCCACAACUUGAAAAAAACAUGAACCGGUUGUUAAUCAUUUGUUUAUAUACGCAUAUAAAAAGCUGAAGCAUCGAGUUCAUCAAGGGUUUUCAACCUGAGACUCGCCAUAGAAAUUGAAAAACAAGCUACACGUAAACCAGACAUGAAGGUGCUAAAUAAAGACGAGCUUCAGAUCGCUGAGGGAGUUUUGCUUAAACAUUUCCCGAGGAGUUAUAAGGUUUACGGUUCCCUCUACACUUGUAAUAGGAACAAAACGAGCACUGCGGAAGUUGUUGUUGAUUCGUGGCCAGAAUUUAAAGUGAUCCUUUUGCGCCCGGAUCCUAAGAACAAGCGAUCCGAGGACUUCAUGAAGAGGGUGUCGUUCUUUAGCACAGAUGAGGAAGUUUUAAGGAAACUGUUGAGCGAAGAAGUUGACUGGAGCACUUAUUUCCUAAUUGGAGGAUUUGAUAUUUCCCAUGUGCCCACACUCAAAGAAGUUUCUUCAGAAAAAAGAGUGAACAACAGGAGCUUCACCUUGGUGCAUCUUAUGUAUCUUCCAGACAUCAGCCAUCUACGUGCACCAGAUGUUGACAGUCAACUUGAAUCAAGGAUUUCAUCUCUCAGCCUCUCCCACAUUGACAUGGUGAAUAAAACCUGGAAGUUUGGUGGGGAUGAGAAGGGUUACAGGCACUUUAAAAACAUUAUUAGCAACUUUCCAACCUGCUGCAUAUUGGACACUUAUGGUGUACCUGUGGCCUGGAUCCUGGUGUAUGAAUACUGCGCUUUGGGAAUGUUGUACACGCUUCCCGAGCACAGAGAAAAAGGUUAUGCCAAAGUUUUGAUCAGCACCAUGGCCAAAAAGCUCCAUGCAGAUGGCUACCAGGUUUAUUGUUUCAUAGAGGAAGACAACAUGGUGUCCUAUAAACUCUUCCAAAAUAUGGGCUUCGUUGAGGAUACUUCCUACAGAGCAGCAUGGUUUGAGUUUAACUUCUAACCUUGGAAAUGACUAUGAAGCAGCAGCUUUUAAUUUUUGUCAAAAUGUGAUUAAAUCUAAAGUGUAUUUUUCAAUUAUGCAUUAAAAGAUGGAUUUGCCUUUGCGUCAAAUUAAAUAAUAUUUUAGAUUCA